CACAGGGCGGCAGCGGCGGCGCCGCAGAGCUGAAGCAGCAGACCCAGAGAGGUGGAGUGACUUGCCCAAGGUCCCACAGCGAAUGAGGAAACUGAGGCCCCAUCAAGUGAAGUGACUUCCCCACAGCCACACAGCUGAUCUCCUGGGCGUGCCCCCUCUUCUCGCUGCUCAUGCCGCUGGGACUGGGGCGGCGGAAAAAGGCGCCACCUCUGGUGGAAAAUGAGGAGGCGGAGCCAGGCCGUGGUGGGCUGGGUGUGGGGGAGCCGGGGCCCCUGGGCGGAGGUGGGGCAGGGGCCCCCCAAAUGGGCUUGCCCCCCCCUCCCCCUGCCCUGCGGCCCCGCCUUGUGUUCCACACCCAGCUGGCCCAUGGCAGUCCCACUGGCCGCAUCGAGGGCUUCACCAACGUCAAGGAGCUGUACGGCAAGAUUGCUGAGGCCUUCCGGCUGCCAGCUGCUGAGGUGAUGUUCUGCACCCUCAACACCCACAAAGUGGACAUGGACAAGCUCCUGGGGGGCCAGAUCGGGCUGGAGGACUUCAUCUUUGCCCAUGUCAAGGGGCAGCGCAAGGAAGUGGAGGUGUUCAAGUCGGAGGAAGCGUUGGGGCUCACCAUCACAGACAACGGGGCUGGCUAUGCCUUCAUCAAGCGCAUUAAGGAGGGCAGCGUGAUUGACCACAUCCAGCUCAUCAGCGUGGGUGACAUGAUCGAGGCCAUCAACGGACAGAGCCUGCUGGGCUGCCGGCACUACGAGGUGGCCCGGCUGCUCAAGGAGCUGCCCCGAGGCCGCACCUUCACGCUGAAGCUCACAGAGCCCCGAAAGGCCUUUGACAUGAUCAGUGUGCGUUCAGGGGGUGGCCGCCCAGGCUCUGGUCCCCAGCUGGGCACUGGCCGAGGGACCCUCCGGCUCCGAUCCCGGGGUCCUGCCACAGUAGAGGAUCUGCCUUCAGCCUUUGAGGAGAAGGCCAUUGAGAAGGUGGAUGACCUGCUGGAGAGCUACAUGGGCAUCAGGGACACAGAGCUGGCGGCCACCAUGGUAGAGCUUGGAAAGGACAAAAGGAACCCGGAUGAGCUGGCUGAGGCCCUGGAUGAACGGCUUGGUGACUUCGCCUUCCCGGAUGAGUUUGUCUUUGACGUCUGGGGAGCCAUUGGGGAUGCCAAGGUUGGCCGUUACUAGGCCUCCCGCUGGACCUUGAGAUGACUUGGGCCAGGCCUGCUGGGAGCCUCUGGGGUGGAGACACCAUGGGCUGGACCCCAGCGUCCAGCUCAGGCCCAGCUCAGUAGCCCGAAGAUGAUGCAGAGCGGAAGUGGGGCCCGGCCUCUGCCCGCCUCCAAUCGGUACCACCCCCUGAACAGUUCCCAGCCUGGCUGGGGUCCCCAGCCCCCAACUCCACCCCUACCCUGUUCCCCACCUACCUCAGCCGGGUCAGGCGCGGGAAGGGACCAGCCAGAUUGGGCGGCCAUCCCCGCCCCCAGUACUUUCCGCCUCAGCUGCCAAACUGGUCCCUCUAUCUCCCUGGGGCCUUGGGUUCUGUUUGGGGGUCGUGACCUCCCUAGUUUCCUGACGCAGGGCAUGCAGAAGGGGGUGUCCCCCUCAGCAAAUGCAAUAAUACCCUCCCCCUGCGCCGCCUCCGUCCCCCCAGAGGAGCCCCCACUGUGGAGUCCAUUACCUCUGCAUUUGAAACAUGAGUCUGCUGUGAAGCCCCCAGACGCCCUCCCUCUCCUGCCCCCCUGUGUCUCCCUCAACUCAGCCCCAGACAGAGGGGCAGGAGGAAUGAUGGUGGUGGGCUUUCAUAUCUGAAUUUGCCAUCUGGAAGAUAAAGAAUCUGCUGUUG